AUGGCGAAUGAAUAUGAAAGAGCUAUGAUGUUUGCUAUUGCUAAUAUAGAGAGGCAAGAAGCUCAAAAUGUCAGACAACCGUUUGGCGUUAAAGUAGACCCUUUAUUAGCAUUAAGUGAUCAUCUUUUUAUAAAAACUUACCGAUUGAGUAAAGUUUUAACAAGAUAUUUAAUCGAGUUAGUCACUCCAUUUAUGGAACCACCAAAACGUACGUUGGCUUUGAGCAUCCAAAAUAAGGUGUUAAUUGCAUUGCAGUUUUUUGGAACUGGGUCAUAUCAGUUGCCUACAGGUAAUUCCAGAUAUAGUGCCGUGUCUCAACCUUCGGUUUCACGCAGUAUAAGCGAAGUAACUAAUGCGCUGAACCACCCUAGCAUUUUCCAUAAUUGGGUAAAAUUUCCUAAAAAUAUGUCGGAAUUAAGACAGUUGCGAAAUGAAUUUUAUAUGAAAACAGGAUUUCCUGGAGUAUGUGGGUGCAUAGAUUGCACUCAUAUUGCUAUUGUACCUCCAUCGGGAAUUCUUAGAGAGGAAAACGACUAUCCUGAACAUUUAUAUGUUAACAGAAAAAAUUACCAUUCUAUAAAUACUCAAUUAAUUUGUGAUAUGAAUUUAAAAAUACUAAGUGUUAAUGCUCUGUUUCCGGGAAGUACACACGAUAGCCACAUUUGGAAUAAUUGUAAUGUGUUACCAAUUCUUCAAGAAUUAAAUAGGCGAAAACAAUGUUUUUAUCUGCUGGGAGACUCUGGAUAUGCACUUAGACCUUGGCUUUUAACACCAAUUCAAAACCCGACCAAUGCAAAUGAGGAACUGUACAAUAAAAAACAAAUGCACACUAGAAGUUUAGUUGAAAGGUGUAAUGGGUUGCUAAAAAUGAGGUUUAGGUGCCUACUGAAACAUAGAGUUCUACACUAUGCCCCUGAAAAAGCUACAGCCAUAAUAAAUGCUUGCGUAGUAUUACACAAUAUGUGUAUAACAUACAAUGAGCCUGAGCCUAUAGACAAUAUGAUUGACAUUGAUUUUGGCAUGUACAGAAAUAACAUUGACCAACGUGAAAAUGACUCAUCCAAUGAUUUGGAUAAUGGAAGACGUGUACGUGCAUGUGUUGUACGCAAUUUUGAACAAAAUGAGUAA